UCAAGGUUCGACAAAUGCACACUGGCUUUCUAAUAACCGUAAUACAUCAGUUUGUGGUGUCUAUAGUAUAUUAUGUACGGUACUAAGCAUCGAUUAACCUUCGGUGGUUAAGUAACUUACAUCACUUAUCCACACCUAUAUCUAUUUAUAAAGUUGAACGUUUUUUUUUUCACAUCCUCAGGUCCAUAUCAUGGAGAACGAUUUUAUUCUUGAAGACAAUUUGGUUGUUAAGUGCCGCAGCCCACUGGGCCCUCCUUAACUGACCGCCUACUACUCCCCGUCUCCUCCCAAUGUCUACGAUAGACGAGGACGCAACAAGCAGUAAUCCCUUCCCCCAGUCCCACUGUCGCGUCUCAUGUAGGCUCAGCCACUCUGACGUGCCGGGGCAGCCGAAUUGAGUCGUUGCGGUGAGCGGCGGCGUUACCCGUUCGCCCGUUGGAAAUCACACACAAGCGACCGGCACAGAUCAGCACAUCAUUCACUGCAGUAAACACGGAAUCGACGACACAUUACUCACACAACAGGACAGAACAGAAAUUGAUUGUGCUUUUUUUCGCUGCUUCGGUUUGCUUCACAUAGUCGCCACAAUGGUACGUAAUAGCUUUGGUCACUCAGAUGAUAUUCUUCCGGAUACUCAUCAUACUCCGUUAAGAUGAUUUUUGUUUACGAGGCGUUUUAUUAAAAUAUGUAGUCCUCGUAAAAUCUCCCACCUGCAUAUACUGCUGCUGUCCGCUGUCGCUGCUGCUCGGGUCCGCGUAGAAAUUACGCGUAUUUAAUGCUGGCGGUAAUGAUGGCAAGGUAAAUGAUCCGCUCCGCGUAACUCACUGCGCAAGUCGCCCUGCUCUAAGCCGCCAACAGCGGCACUAGAAGCAGUCGUAGCAGUAAUGGCAGUGACUGGGAACUGUUGGUAGCACCGUCUGUCUGUCUGUCGAGGACGAGCUGUCUGAUGUUAUAGUCGAAUGCUACUGCGUCCUCGAGGUUUCUAGUUUCAGUUGCAUCGGCCGUCUCUCUAUAUCGAUAAUAUGAAUAGAAUUUGUUCCAUUCUAAUGUUUCGCACAUUUCAUUAAAACUCCCUACUCGAAAGAGGAGAUUAUGUAUGCUGCCGGAGAAGAACUGUUUGUUAAUCUGUUAAUGGAGUUGUGGGUGUUUUCAUCAAAAAAAAAAAGUCAUGCUUAUCACUCGACUGGCAGUCUGUACUAAUUCAACUUUCGAAGAUUCUGUUUUUUUUUUCACAAACAUUGACGGCUUAGUUUCAAGUUCGUCGUAUGACGCUUCAACAGGCUACCCGAACAAGGAAACGAGACGUCGCUACCGAUGGAGAUGUGCUCGACGUUUGACGCCGAGGAAAUCAAGCGUCUGGGGAAACGGUUCAAGAAGCUGGACCUGGACAACUCGGGCUCGCUGUCCAUCGACGAGUUUAUGUCUCUGCCCGAGCUGCAGCAGAAUCCUCUCGUCCAACGUGUCAUCGACAUCUUUGAUACAGACGGAAACGGCGAGGUCGACUUUAAAGAGUUUAUCCAGGGGGUCAGUCAGUUCAGCGUAAAGGGAGAUAAGGAAGGAAAGCUCCGGUUCGCGUUUCGGAUCUAUGAUAUGGACAAUGAUGGCUUUAUCUCAAAUGGCGAACUCUUUCAUGUUCUCAAGAUGAUGGUUGGCAACAACUUAAAAGAAGCGCAGCUACAACAGAUUGUCGACAAGACGAUCUUGUUUGCUGACAAAGACGAAGAUGGUCGAAUAUCAUUCGAGGAGUUUUGCUCCGUUGUUGGCAAUACCGAUAUUCAUAAAAAAAUGGUCGUUGAUGUUUAAUCAGGCGCAACAAAAAUCAACAAGUUUCCAGCAACAAUUAUUAGUAUUUGGCUUUAUAAAGUUGAACUGGUAGGUACGGUUCAACUCCUAACUUAACAAGUGACUAAACGGUUUGACGAGGUAUCAAGAAUAGCACAUAAUAGGCGAACACUCAUAUAAUGCAGGACGCCUUUAAGUUGGCCAUGUCCUUUCAGUAUAACAACAGGACGAGAGCACAGUGUACACAUAGACACAACAGGUGCCGCAGUAAUAGCACCAGAAAAAGAAGAAGAAAAACACCAGCUCGACGAUAGAUUCUAGACUUAUCCGCGACUCCUUUGCCUGUUCUAGCAAAGUUGUUAAGGGUUGCGUUUAUAGUAAACCGACGACCAAUGGCUGCCAGCUAAAUCAAUAGACAGCAUCAAGUCUGCAUGAAGAAUUAAGCAGUUAGUAAUGAAAGGAGCUGUAACGAAGUAUUGAGCCUGUUGAAUCAUGUAGCAAGUUUUGUAUUCGGACGACGCACGGAAAAAUGCACGAAUGCAAAAGACAACGCCAACCAGUAUGAUAUCGGCGAUAAUUACGAUUUAGAACGUUGAAUAGCAGAUGAAGAGCAUUAUGCUGAGACAACGAAGAUAUUAUUAUAGCUGUUUUUGCAUGCUGUAAUUAUAAAGGAAAAAGUAGUCAAAAUCGUCUGCUUUCGAAGUUAUGCGAUGAAGAAUUUCAUAACCCAAAAAAAGCAGAAAGUGAAGCUUCGAGAACGUGGAAGAGUGUGAAGAAAAUGGAAAGAGAUGGACAGAGUGCCAAGGUGCCGUCAAGAAACCUUCAGGGAGAGAAAUAAAGCAAAGGUGAAGAACACAUAGUUAUGAUUAUGCUGAUACUGAUGCUGAUACAUAGCGAUGAUGAUGGUGACAAUGACACCAAAACAGCCUCUAGCUUUAUUUGAACCCCAACAACCCCGAUGCUGCCUACCCCGGCAACAGAAUUACGAUAGUGACAUCAAUACGAUAACAACAAAAUCAAAAACGAGUGGAAAAAGUUUGAAGUGAUUAAAGGCGAAAGCAGAUGAUAAAGCGGAAUUGGAAAAGGAAAAGAUCAGCAAUAAUAACAAUAAAAGCAGCAAGAUCGGAAUUGAGUCCUUGAGCUAAAACGGGACCCAUCAUUCGUCUCAGAGGCCGAAAUGACGACGACACCGCAUGUAACAGUCAUUAUUGUUACCUACCUUAGUUCCAAUCUUCUCAGUUUACGCUGUUCGCUGACUCUGUUGUAGUGGCGCAAGUCUACGUAACCUGUCACUUACAUAGUGUGUUAAUUAUCAUCAAAAUGAUGAACCACUUACGUAGGGGAACACGUAACGUAAUUCAAUGCGCGCCGUUCAACGUUCCGCAACGUGCAAUGCUAUUUGCGCGCUGCCCGCGCUCCCUCUGGACGUAGAGUUAGCGCAUUCUUGACACAUAACACCAAAAACACUUCAGCAACAACAACAACAACAUAAUAAUAAUAAUAGUAAUCAUGAAAGAAAGAAGAUAUUUGUAAUACUUUUGAAGAGCAACGAGCACAAAUAUGAAAAAAAAACAUACGCUGUCACAUACUGAAACUGACGAGCCAAUUUAGUCACUCACUCACUCAUUCACUCACUCACUGAACAGGUUCAUGAGGGCAAACAUGACGACGUUCUUGAUGAUCAAAAUGCAGAAAAUAGCAGCGCGAAAGCAACUCGUACACCGACACGCAAUCGCUGAAGCUUACGUAAAUCUCUAUUCAACAUUGUCUAAUGAUAUAACUGAUACGUAACAUGCGGUAAACUCGGUUGACAGACAGACAAACAGACAGACAGUUGGGAAUGCCUGCGCAUGGGGCCAUCAACGUGGCGACUAUGAAGCAAAGUUGCGGUGGUGGCCAUCUUAGAUAAGCUAAUUUUUAACAAAAACCAGAGCAAGGAAAAGGCAGCGGCGACGACAACAACGACAAUAACCAAUAAUGAAUGAGAUUUAGGGGUGGAGAAUUUCAGUCGUUUGUGUAUAUCUAGCAAUCGCGAGCGAUUGAAAAUACGAAGAAUAUUCUUUACAUACGUUUUAUGUAUACAGGUACACAAAAUGUAUAUGUAUGCAGAAUAAUAAUCAUCGUAGCAGAAACGGCAGAAGCAGCAGCGAUAUCAACAUUAACAAUUAUCAGUGAUGGAGAAACUCCCUAAGGAGAAUGUACAUAAGCAAGAGCAAGCAAAACACUCGAAACAUCACGCGUCGAAAAUCACAAUUGAGCAUCCAAGAAAAUUUCCGACAUUCCAGAUCUAUUCUACUCUCAUUGUACAGCUGCUAUGUGUAAUAUUAAUAGUACAGAAAAAUGGAAAAGUCAAAAUAAAAGAAAUGAGUAAGCUAGAAAGACGACCAUAAAAAGGGGGGCUUAUCAAACUAAUAUACAACCAAAUACAAAGAUCUCGUGGGAGUCUAAAUAGGAAAAAAGAAUUGUAGGAAAUAAGUUUUUGCGUAAAACUGUGUUCACACCCGCAAUGAACACACACACACACAGACACACACUCACACGCUCACACACACACACACACACACACAUAUAUAUAUAUAUAUAUAUAUAGUAAUUCCCUAACGUCAGAUUAAUAUCAGUCGCCGGCGAAAUAUAUGAACUGAUAUUUCUUUUUUAAUUUUAUUUUAUAUUAUCAUAAAAAAUAUAUAUACAUAUAUACAUAGUACACUGCCGCCCUAGUCAUAAAGAGGAUGGUGAUGAAAUAAUAGUAAUGAAAGUGGCAUGAACAGAUGCAUAAGUUGAGAAUGAGAGUUCGCGAGAGAAGGAUGGGAGCGAGAGAGAAAAAGUGACGAAAUUUUGUUUGAUAAUGUUUAACAACAAAAGAAAAGCAAGUCAAGGUGACACUCAAAAGGCAGAGAUAUAUGAAAUGCAGUCUGCGAACUGAGCAGUGGGCACUGACGGCGGCAAACGGUGCAGGAAGAGAAACAGCGUGAAAUGGAGGACGAGUAAGGAGAAAAAAGAUAGAAGAAGUGCUUGUCAGGGAAAGUAAAGAGGAAACUCGGCCGACACCUGGAACUGUAGCUAGAGAGAUACGAUGUGACAUAUUGUCAGUGUUUAACCGUCCUACGGAGAUUACAUCAAACGUUAAACAUAACAAAUUCGACAGGGGGUGGCGUCAAAGAGAAACGGGAAAAGGAAUUUUUCUAGUUGUAAUUAUCUCGUAGAUAUUUUGGGAUCGCAAUCGACCGGAAAGUCAUAUAUUCGACCGAGAUUACAAAAUUAAUACAUUGCUUGCAAGGACGAUGGAAGACAGAUGUUCAGUCUGGUAUCGGGGGAGCGAGUUGAAAUCUAAAAUUAGAAAAAUUUGACGAAACGUAAUGAAAAAAAUAGAACAGUUGAAAGAAGAACAUUGGAAUAAACGACAUAAAUGAACAGGAUGUGUCGGACGGAGAGUAAGCCCUGAGGCGGUUUCAUCUUGCCACACGCCCCUAGUCCCUCAGUCAGUCAACUUACCCCUCGCUAGAAUAUUCUCUUACAUAGUAGAUCGAAUAUAUAUAUAACAAUAAGAUGAGCGAUGAAUCAGACUAAUGAAUACGAGAACCAAAAAAACCUCAACUUAUUAAAAACAGCGUCAGAAGCUCGAGCAACAAAAGCUGAACGAAUCGAAAAGCUUCAUGAGCUCAAUAGUGGAGCACGGUUCAUUCGUUUUUGCCAUUUGAUGAAAUGUGGCAUACUUUAGAGGAAGAAAUUGUAUUGUCUUUAUUUAUACUUUUACCCCACUUCUAUGCUUUGUAAUUUUGCUACUUUCCACGUUUUUUAUAUGAUACUGCUAACGCGUUUUUAAAUAAUUCACGAUGUCUCAACAUUAAUUAAUGAAUAUCGCAAAUGUCUAAAUGGGUUAAAAAAUGAGCUGGUGUUCUGCAAUAAAGAUGAACAUGGGUACUAAGCGAUACGAACAUUAUUAAGCUGAUGUAAAACAAACGUUGCGUCUAUUCUGAUUUGUUAUUUUAUAAAUGCGACCUUUUUGUGGUUAAUAAUCUUGCAAUUUUUAUCGAUAUGUAUUAUUUAUUGUUUUCAAUGUUGUCGAGAUUGUUGCUAUAAGUAACCAUGAUCAAAUGUUAGAUAAAAUCAG